AUGGCGUUUGAGAAGGAACUGCAAGUGGCUCAGCUUGCCGUUGCUCGUGCUAGUAUCCUUACCAAAGCAGUGUUCGCAGAGAAAGCUAAGGGCACGAUCUCGAAGGAAGACAAAUCACCUGUUACUAUUGGCGAUUAUGGCGCUCAAGCCUUGAUUAUUUGUGCUAUCAAGCAUAAUUUUCCACAAGACGAAGUGGUGGGCGAGGAAGAAGCAUCGUCUUUACGGGAGCAGAAAGACCUGAGUUCGAAGAUCUGGAAUCUGGUCAAGGAUACAAAGCUGUCGGAUUCCGAUAGCGAUGCCAUCCUAGGAGGACCAAUUCGGAGUGAGGAUGAAAUGCUACAGGCUAUUGAUGCGGGUAACAGUGCCGGAGGAAGCAAAGGCCGCAUUUGGGCCCUUGAUCCCAUAGACGGCACGAAGGGGUUUCUAAGAGGUGGCCAAUAUGCUGUUUGCUUGGCCCUCAUGGUCGAUGGUGAUGUCAAGGUAGGUGUGCUUGGAUGCCCAAAUCUACCCGUCAAAGACUCAGAGCCAUUGAAGGAGGACAUGGGCAUCGCUGCGACUGAUGCGGAGGGCUAUGGUGUGUUAUUUUCGGCUGUCCAAGGUGAGGGAGCUCGAAGUCAACCAUUGACAAAAGGUUCGGUGUCACAAGGCCACUCAAUCUCUGUGAGUAAGGUGACCGAUGUCACUCAAGCUGUCAUGUGCGAGAGUGUCGAAGCUGGUCACUCCAGCAAAGGUGACAAUGCUGCAAUUGCAGAGAAGCUUGGCGUGACAGGUCGACCAGUACAGAUGGAUUCUCAAGCCAAAUACGGAUCUGUUGCUCGAGGUGCAGGUGAUAUCUACCUCCGCUUGCCCGUGAGGAAAGAUUACGUGGAGAAAAUCUGGGACCACGCUGCUGGGGAUCUGAUCGUUCGAGAAGCUGGUGGGCAAGUGACUGAUAUCCACGGCCAACGGCUCAACUUCAGCCUCGGUCGUACUCUUACAGAAAACAAGGGUGUCGUUGCAACUCCAGCCGACAUCCAUGCGCAAGUUUUGGCAGCUGUGAGUGAGGUUCUUUCUGCUAAGUAG